AAUCACAUUAAUCAAAAAUCUCAUCUAAAUAAUUGACGUUUUUUUCCUUAAAAUAUUCUAUUUUAACUCUCUCUAAUAAUUUUAAAUAAUAACUACUAAGCUUUUAGUAGGAAUCUUCUGGCUGCGUCAGAGGGUUCUGGUUCGUGGCGGUAACUAACAAAAUCGAGAAAUCAGAAAAGAAAAAAAGUGAAAUCUUACGGAUUUGAUCUUCUUCGGGUGAUUUCGCUCUCAUCAACAGCGAUUGUUCUCCAAUCAACAUCGAUCCCGUCCUUGACGACUCGGAUUGUAUAGCUCUUAAACAGCCUUCUCAUUUUGCAAGAAAGCUCAAUCAUUUUGUGACGAUGGACCCUCAACAUACCGGUGAUUUGAUGAAGCAUUUGGAGAAGCAGAAUGAAUUACUCAAGGAAACUCAGAUGACCAUGUCACAUGAACUCCAAAAACUCAUGGUGGAAGAAGAGAUGAUGAUGCAUAAACUCUGUGAGCUAAUGGUUACUCAUCGUAAAACCUUGAAGGAAAUGAAGAAAACUCAGAAUCUGUUGCAAGGAAAAGAAACAGUUGAAUCUUCUGUUGUUACAGUUGAGGCCCAACAACGCCCACCCAUCAUAUACCAAUACAGCAGGAGGAAGAGUAAGGCCCAGCAAGAAACGGUUCAGGUCUCCAAGUGAGCAGACGUCUAGAAGGUGAGGGAUUGAGAGAAUAAGUAACAAGCUAAGGAGUUGUACACAUGCUUGUGUAACCUUUGUGGCCUUAGUAUUAAUUAGAACACUGAAUUUUGAAUCUA